UUUAACUCCAAUCAUCACCUCUCUCUCUCGUUCUCCUUCUCUCUAUCUCUCUCACAAACGAAGAUGGAUAAAUUAUCAAUCCGAUGCUUUAUCUUCCUAGUUCUCACCAGCUUCGUCACCGUUGUUUCGUGUUUGAGUGCUGCAACAGAUUAUAGAGAAGUUGAGGAUGAACACGAAUUCAGCUACGAAUGGAACCAAGAGAACGGGCCAGCGAAAUGGGGAAAGCUAAGACCGGAAUGGAAAAUGUGUGGAAAAGGAGAAAUGCAAUCGCCUAUUGAUCUUAUGAACAAGAGAGUUAGACUUGUUACUCAUCUUAAAAAGCUUACUAGAGACUACAAACCUUGUAACGCCACUCUCAAAAAUAGAGGCCAUGAUAUGAUGCUGAAAUUUGGAGAAGAAGGGUCAGGAAGUAUUAAGGUUAAUGGAACUAAGUAUAAACUCCUACAACUUCAUUGGCAUUCUCCCUCGGAACAUACUAUCAAUGGAAGAAGGUUUGCUCUCGAGCUUCACAUGGUUCACGAAAACAUCAACGGGGGUUUGGCUGUAGUCACAGUGCUCUACAAAAUUGGAAGACCAGACUCUUUUCUCGGAUUGCUGGAAAAUAAAUUGUCGGCAAUUACAGAUCAAAAUGAGGCGGAGAAAUAUGUAGAAAUGAUUGACCCAAGGAAUAUUAAG